UCGACGCAAACACCACACAAGCCAGCACUCAGACAGCUGUCAGUGUCGGUGUGUGCUGAGAUCCUCCUGGGCUCUGCACCCCUCCGCUGCACUGCUCUACUCACCUCCCUCCCUCCCUCCCUGCUCCUCUCCAUGGAGGCCCACCGAGGACUGAUACUGUCUUUCCUGUUGUUCCUCUGGACGGCACGCUCAGGGUUUGCUGGUGAACCUUGCAGGGGAUUCAAGCACUUGGAGAACGGACGGACAUUCUUCCGCUUCAAAGGGCUGUACGCCACAUUCACCUGCCAUCCCGGCUUCAGGAUACAUGGCCAUCACACCAGCAGCUGUGUUUCGGGACAGUGGGUGAGGGAGCCCCCAGUGUGUGUAGCCUCUGGAUGUCCAAGUCCAGGCAGGGUGCAGUAUGGCAGCGCUGCUGUGAAUGAGGAUAGCUCCUUUGUGGUCUUCAGCUGCACUGAUGGCUACAGGCUAUAUGGAAGCCCACUUUCCUACUGCAAGGGCAAGACUUGGAGCAACCCAAAACCUGUAUGCAAAGAGUCUGAUAUCAUGAGCUCCAUGAAAGCUAAACCCAAAGUCGCAUCUGGUUCUAACAUUGAGAAGAAGCUCCAUCCGAGGGUUCCGUCCAAUCUGAAAGACCACCAUUUCAAGUCUCAGUACAACACCGCCUCCAAAGACGCCUACUUGGACUCGGCUCUGCUGCUAGCCUCCUACCCCAAGCCCCACAUCUCUGGGGGACGGCUGGUGAAGUCCAAGCUACAGAGGAGACCUCCACCAGGGAGGAAGGAGUUGCUUCUGAUGAGUGCAGCAGCAGCAGCAGCACGUACUGAAUUGGCCUCUGGUGUCAACAAGGAAGUGGAAGUCCGUGAGGAGCUUUCCAGGCCACAGCAGAUGGACAUUAGUGCUGCUGCUGCUGCUGCUGUCGCUCUCGCAACACCUGGGCCUGCCUCAGGUCAGUCCACAAAGGGACCUCCUUUGUUAACGAUCACCACGGGCACUGAGGUCAGAAAACAUAAAAUGGAUGGAGGGGUGUCUGGAGCAGACAAAAUAACAGUGUCAGUGAAAGCUGGUGUUCUGCGGGAAAAGGAAAGUAGAGAGGUGACCCCCUCUUCUGUAGUAUCAGUUGCCCACCUGGGCCAAUUGGAAACAAUUACUGUUGAUCAGCCAUCUACUGGUGUUUCAACUUCACAUUCGAUUGACACAUCGGACAAAUUCCUGGAUGCACCUCCACCUGAAGCGUCUGAUAAAUCUGUGGAUACAGUCAUACACAGCACAUCAUCAUCACAUGUUGUGCCAGUAGAUGUCCAAAAUGGAUCUCCCAAGAAACCAGACACCUUAACUGGCAGCAUAAAGAAACUUACUGAUCGUGUGGAGAUUACCUCAGAUCAUCGAUCUGAUGGAUUGGAGAGCAUUGCAGAGCCAAAGCCAGGUUCAGUCAGUUUAGGUGUCCAGCCACUUCUGGUAGCAGCUGCGGAAAAUGAUAAAGAGGAUGCAGUGGAGGAGCCAUGGGAAUUUUCAGAAAAAAACGUCAAGCCAGAGCAAAGAAAUGACGGCAUUGCGCAUGUUGCAGUGAACAGCACUGAGAAACUGUCCUUGCUGCAGCCAACCCCUCAGUCAGUUAAGCCUUCUGUUCAGACCCCAACCCUGCAACUGACUUCAGACCAACUGCCGUUAUCCUUAAAGCCAGAUACAGGCAGCAGUAGCAGUGUGUUCCAGUCAAUCAGAUCCGUCGUCACUGAACUGGCAGAGAAGGAAAGGCCUGAGAUUGGAGAUGAGGAUGGGUCUGAGGAGGCUCGACCACCGAUAGGUACUAAAGGUGGAUUUGAGGUGUUGACAGAGGCCACUCAACUGAAGGAGCCUCGGCGUGUUAAGCAAGCCGCAGAUGCUACACCGGCAUCACCAGUGAGGCUGAGUCUUCAUCUCCAACGGUCACACGUGCAGCGCAGCUCCACAAAGAUGGAUGGACAGACGGACACAGAUCUAUCCAUGCACACCCGCAUGCUGAUGGGUCAGAACAGUAGAACAGCGAAGGAUACCGAUAUGGACAUGGCCACAAAUGGAAGCCCUGCUCCCAAACAUCAGCACCAAGAGUCCCAUUCGGCUCCAGCAGCAGGGGGGAGUGAAGGGGGAUUCCUGCCCCUGUAUGAGGUGCUGGCAGGGGCCACACAACUGGAGCCGACCCAGCCUGCGAUGGAGGCACCAUAUACCACGCCCUCAUCACCAAUGAGGCUGAAUCAUCAUCAGCAUCAACGACAACAACAACAGUCACACGUCCAGCAAAGCAGCUCCAUGCACCCACAUACACAGAUUGAUCAGCAUAGCAUCGCAGCUAAGCACACUGUAGACAUUGUGGAGGCCAAGCCAAGCCCUGCUCCUAAACAUCAGCACCAACAUAAUGAGUCCCAUGCACUCGAAUUGGAUACCAACACAGUUUCCCUACCAGACCCGACGAGACAGCAAACAGCACUCUUGACUGAUGAUCCAAACAAGCUGGCUCUUUUUACUUCUAGCUCUAGUUCUAGCCACACAGAACCUCAAAGUUCUACACCAUCUCCUCGCCCACCUGAGCCAGAACCGGAGUCUUUCUCCCGAGCCCCUGGUCUGCCCGAGCUGCCAGUCAGGAGGCAGCGUCGGCCGGCGUGCCCGUACCCUCCCCUGCCCGCCCACGGCACCUUCUAUUUCCGCACGCUGGCGAAGCCGGCCCCGCUGCAGUACAGACACUACGUCCAGUACGCCUGUUACCCCGGUUACACGCUGGCCAACGGGGACGUGUACAGCUACUGCCAGCAGAACGCCACGUGGAGCGGCGUCACCCCCGCGUGUCUGGAGGUAACUCCGUGCCUGUUGAAUAAUGGCGGCUGUUCUCAGCUGUGCGUUGCCGGGCCGCACCACCAGGCUCAGUGCCACUGCAGACCAGGCUUCAUGCUGCUGGAGGACCAGCGUACCUGCAGAGAUGUAGAUGAGUGUGUGGAGGAGAGACAUCUGUGUCUGCAGGCUUGUGUCAACACGGUCGGCUCCUUCAAGUGCAGCUGCAGAACAGGCUUCCUGCUGGGAGAGGAUGGCAAGACGUGCGUGGACACGAGUGAGUGUGCGGUGGAGGGGCAGGCGGGCUGCGAGUGGAAGUGUGUGAAUCUGUCGGGGUCUCAUCAGUGCGUCUGCCCACGAGGAUUCAGGCGCCACCCAGACGGACGGCAGUGCAUUGAUAUCAAUGAAUGUGACUUCAGUAAUGGAGGCUGUUCCCAUGUCUGCAAAAACCUGCGAGGUGGCUACAAGUGUGUCUGCCCACCUUCUCAUCGCAUCUCUCCAUCUAACCGAAAGAAGUGCCUGGCCAUAACAGUGUAAUGGAGAGAAUUUAGCCUACACUUCUGACAUUCCCAUUUCUACUUUCCUUUACCCAUUUUAGCCUAAGCCCUUUUUGGGAAAGGGUUAAAUCCCAAUUAUCUCAGCCUCCCAAGCACAUACAAACAUGAAAUCAUUUGCAUUUAAAAGCUAGGACCCUCAUUUUGCAUUAGAAUAUGUUCAUUCAUC